GUUCUUUCUCUUCCAUGAAAAUAGGCGGGGUUUGAGUUUGGGAAAAUUCAGAGAAUAGCGUAACAGCAAAGUCUUGAGGGAGAAAUCUGGUAAAUGAAACUCGAUUUUAGACAUGGAAAUCGCCUUUUAAGUGUGAUGCUGGGAAGUCUAAUCCAUGCCUUCAUCCAGCACUGAGAAGCCUCUGUAGCCUCACUCACACGUCUGACCGUCGGAGGAAGAAGGCUGAAACUUUUGAAGGCGCUGCGUCUGGUCGCGCGGAUCCUGUGUGAGUGAACGGUGGGAUGAAACUCUUCUUUUUGGCUUCAUUUCCUCGCGCGUUGUCACGGACAUAUUCAAACUAGGAAGCCAACGGCAGCUCCAACUAAUAAUGCGGCGUGAUUGAUCAUCGGCAGGAGACAAUACAUAUCCACUGCUCCCCAUUCCUAUAUAUUCACUGGAUAUCUGUAGACGAAGUGCGGGUGAAGAGGCUAUUGUUCUGCGGUGUUUUUCGCUGUGACAGGACUUGAUCAAUAUGACGUCUCCGGCUAAAUUUCGAAAGGACAAGGAGAUUAUCGCCGAAUAUGAAACGCAAGUUAAAGAGAUCCGAGCCCAGUUGGUGGAGCAGCUUAAGUGUUUGGACCAGCAAUGCGAGCUCCGCGUGCAGCUCCUGCAAGAUCUGCAGGACUUCUUCCGCAAGAAGGCCGAGAUCGAGAUGGACUACUCCCGCAACCUUGAGAAACUAGCCGAGAGGUUCCUGGCCAAGACACGCUACACAAAGGAACCUCAAUUCAAGAAAGAGCAAAAUGUCCUGUCUCCAGUCAACUGCUGGAACCUUCUCUUGGCUCAGGUGAAGAGAGAGAGUCGAGACCACGCCACUCUCAGCGAUCUCUACCUCAACAACAUCAUCCCACGCUUCGCCCAGGUCAGCGAGGACUCAGGGCGCCUCUUCAAAAAGAGUAAAGAAGUGGGCCUCCAGCUGCAGGAGGAUUUGAUGAAGGUCCUCAACGAGUUGUACACGGUUAUGAAGACCUAUCACAUGUACAACAUGGACAGUAUCAAUGCUGAAAGCAAGCUGAAGGAGGCAGAGAAGCAGGAGGAGAAACAGAUGAGCCGCAGUGUCCGACACGAGGACAGGCAGACCCCGCGCUCGCCGGACUCUCUCACAAACAUCAAGAUCGAGGAGAAACAUGUGCGCCGCAGUUCCGUCAAGAAGAUCGAGAAGAUGAAAGAGAAGCGGCAAGCAAAAUACACUGAAAACAAGCUGAAAGCCAUCAAGGCCAGGAAUGAGUACCUUCUGGCUCUGGAGGCCACCAAUAGCUGUGUCUUCAAAUACUACAUCCAUGAUCUGUCUGACCUCAUAGAUUGCUGUGACCUGGGCUACCAUGCCAGCCUGAACCGUGCACUGCGUACCUACCUCUCGGCUGAGUUUAACGUUGAGACUUCCAAGCACGGUGGUUUAGAGACCAUUGAGAACGCUGCAGAGAACCUGGAGGCCAACGCAGACAAGCAAAGGCUCAUGGAGACCUACAACAACGUCUUCUGCCCUCCGAUGCGCUUCGACUUCCAGUCUCACAUGGGUGAUAUGGUGGGACAUUUGUGUGCCCAGCUGCCCGUGCAGGGAGAGCUGAUCCAGAGAUGCCAGCAGCUGCAGUCCCGCCUGUCCACACUGAAAAUAGAGAAUGAAGAGGUAAAGAAGACUAUGGAGGCCACUCUACAGACCAUCCAGGACAUGGUGACCAUUGAGGACUUUGAUGUGACUGACUGCUUCCACCACAGUAACUCAAUGGAGUCUGUGAAGUCCACUGUGUCUGAAUCUUUCAUGAGCAAACCCAGCCUGGCCAAGAGACGAGCCAACCAGCAGGAGACAGAACAGUUCUACUUCACGAAACUGAAGGAGUUUCUGGAGGGCAGGAACCUCAUCACCAAAUUACAGGCUAAACAUGACCUGAUCCAAAAGACUCUGGGAGAAAGCCAGAAGACCGACUACUGCCUUGCCAGCGGACGGAGGAACUCCACUGUUCGGAAACAGGAGUCCAGCCAAAUCAUUCCCCUGAUGGUGGAGAGUUGUAUUCGCUUCAUCAGUCGACACGGUCUCCAUCACGAAGGCAUAUUCAGGGUGUCCGGCUCUCAAGUGGAAGUCAAUGAUAUUAAGAACGCCUUUGAAAGAGGUGAGGACCCGCUGGCUGGGGACCAGAAUGAUCACGAUAUGGACUCCAUCGCUGGAGUGUUAAAGCUCUACUUCAGAGGCCUGGAGAACGCCCUCUUUCCUAAGGAAGUCUUCCAUGACCUAAUGUCCUGUGUCUCCAUGGAGAACCUCCAGGACAGAGCUGUCCACAUCCACAAAGUCCUGCUGUCUCUACCCAGCAACACCCUGGUUAUCAUGCGAUACCUGUUUGCUUUCCUCAGCCAUCUGUCCCAGUACAGUGAUGACAACAUGAUGGACCCCUACAACCUGGCUAUCUGCUUCGGCCCCACACUAAUGUCUGUGCCUGAGGGCCACGACCAAGUCUCCUGCCAGGCACAUGUGAACGAGCUCAUCAAAACCAUUAUUAUCCAUCAUGAGACCAUCUUUCCAGGGCCCCGUGAUUUGGAGGGUCCCAUCUAUGACCGUGGAGGAGCCGCUGAGGAAUACUGUGAUAGUCCACACAUUGAGCCCCCCCUAGUGGGUGAACCUGCACCUGACGCUGCCUCUGAAAUCCACAACAGCGAUGAUGUAAAGUCAGGGUCCUUGAACGUUUCAGAGUCUGACCCCAUUGAGGCCAUCGCACGUUUUGACUACUCUGGACGCACCAAUCGUGAGCUUUCCUUUAAGAAGGGGGCGUCUUUGCUGCUGUACAGCCGUGCAUCUGAGGAUUGGUGGGAGGGUCGCCACAACGGCACUGAGGGACUGGUGCCGCACCAGUACAUAGUAGUGCAAGACAUGCCGGAUGGAUAUGCAGGCAGAGGAAGUCCCAAAGCUGACCAAGAGGCUUCCCAUGAUGCUGUGGAAGAGAAGGUGUCCACCAGAGCCAGUGCCAGCUCACCCACUGGAGGUCAUGUAGCUGAUAUCUACCUAGCUAACCUCAACAAGAUGAGGAAACGGCCAGAAGCGCCCAGCAUCCGAAGAUCAAUCCGGCCUGUGGAGGGACUAGGUGAGGGCUCAUCCGGAGCAGCAGGGGGUUUAAAGACCUCCUCCAUGCCGGCAAGUGGACUGGCUAAGGAAGGGACAGACAAGCGACCGGUCAGUGCUCACAGCAUCCUAAACUCCAUCACCCGACACUCCUCUCUGAAGACUAAGGUGGAAGGUCCUCAGCUCCGCAAGUCCACACCUGCAGGGCGAUCCAAGAGUUUCAGCAAUCACAGACCACUGGACCCAGAGGUCAUCGCUCAGGUGGAGCACAGCUCACAGGACAUUGAGGCGACUAUGACCACGGCUCUAAGUGAGCUGCGAGAGCUGGAGAGGCAGAGCAACGUCAAACACACUCCUGACGUUGUGCUUGACACACUAGAGCAGCUGAAGAGCGGAGGGGCAUCUGAACCCUCCAGCCCACUUCAUUCCCGCCUGCUCCGUGAGGCCGACUCCUCCCAGCAUCCUCUGCAGCGCAGCGCCAGUUCAGCCAGCGACAUGCCCUCCACCUUCCGACCCGGCAAAGGCUCGGGUCCCAAAAGCCCUCUGUCAUCAAUGUCUACAACAGGUCUGUCUGCUUCCGGCUCCACCUUUAGAGAUAACAAACCCCCAGCCACCAAACCCAAGCCUGUGGUGUUCCCAAAAAGCAGUUCGGCAGGGGGCAGUCCGGCGAUGGGAUCCCCAACCACCACCAUACCGCCAACACCACCGCCCCCUCCACCACCCACCGACAAGUCCUGCCCCGUCUGAGGGUUUACAGCCUCCAUCUGUGAUCAGUUUCUUAGUAAUUCCAAGAGCACCCUCUAAUACUGACUCUUCGGAUCUUAAUGAAAAACUGCGGACAGUUUAACAGACUCAAACUGAUAUUGGAUGCUUGCGUGAUUGAGCAUGAGUGUUUGUGUGUGUGGAAUUAAUAUACACAUAUGGAAUAUUGGAGUGAUUUUACAACACUGUUUUAGUUUGGAUUGAGACAUGAACGUCAGCAAUCCUUCUUUUCUAAUCCGGAAUUAGUGGUUUGGAGUUUUUUCGUCUGAUUUUAUAAAAAAGGGGUCAGACUUUGAGGACAAACGAGCAGUGGAAGUGCUUUCUGAGGACACAUUCUUCCCCUCAGACUUUGGUGCAUCUUGAAUCAGGUUACAGACGGCGCAGCAUCUCAGUGAAUAGAAACAGAUUUUCCUGAUAUGAAUUUGCCGCUCUUUGUCACACAACAGCAUUACAUCCUGAUCCAAAUCUGUCUUUUUCUUCAGAUUCGAAGAAUCUGUUCUACAAUAAUCAGUAGUUACAGUUCAUAUAAUCCACAGUUUCUGCUUAAACACAGCAAAUAAAGGAAUAGGAACAUCUUUGCAUGAGGAUUCACAAGAUAUUAGCAUGGCGAAUGUGGAUUCCCUAACAAGCAGAUUCAAAAGCACUUCUGACAUUAUUAACAGUCUAAUAUGUGGUUUUAUUGUACUAUUAUAUCAGAGGGCACAUAAAAAAGAGGGUGUUGUUUUGUAUGUUUAAUGACCAUGAUUAUAACUGGAAAAAGUGAUCUAAAAAUGAGGAAUGUCAUGCAAGCACAUUAUUUCUUUGUCGCCCAUGUAUAAAAAAAAAAGAAACAUAAUUUUAUUUCAUUUUCCCUAGGUCAUUACUCACCUUUGGGUCUGUAUCAUGGUAUCUAUGUAUUAGUAUGUGUGUUUACGUACAGUAUGUAUAUUCUGAAUCUUAGCAGCCUAACAGCAGCUUUUAGAGAUUGACGAUGCAAAAAAAGGGAAAGACUUACAACAGACUAACGGGGGAUACAUGCAAAAAUGUAGCUUGCUUUCCUCAGUUUUUCCAACUCCGAAAGGAUAAGCGUGCAGAAAGCCUCUUUAAAAGUCUGACAAUCUUCAUCGCACGGUCUGCCUGAUUAUGCCUUCGACAGAAUGGAUCGGACAAGUCUGUAUUUUCCUAAGCGAGGCCUUAAUGUCCUAGAAAAUGAGCUGUGGUGGUAUGCAAAGUACCCAUUACAAGCAAUGACUGUGACUCCUGGAAAAUAUCUACAGACAGACUGAGGCAUUUUCCCCCCCAAGUAACGCAGAAUUUUUUGAGGACAAGCCUUUUUCUUGCGUGUGUUGUCGUGUUCUGAAAACGUCUUCACAGGUGGUUACAUUUGUUCAUGUGUUAAUGAUUGGAAGUAUUCUGUGUGUGUUGUUCCUGAUACCUCAUAAAGGCAACUGGAAACUGUCUUAUUGGAGUUCUUUUGUGGGUGGGACUUUUACAUGCAAAUGACAGCAGGAAACUCACGUUGUGUGUGUUUAAUGUGUAAUGUUAAUAGUAUGCUGUUGGCCGAGGCCUCCGUUUACACACAUACUGUUUUCUUUCAUUGAGUAAACUGAAAUCAAUCAUUAUACACUUGAAUCUGCAUUGUAUGUUUGUGAACAAAUUUAAUUGAGGGUGAUUUUCUUUCUUUAUUUGUAAUCAUAACUAUUGUUAAAAUGUAAUUCCUGUCCAAUGGAAACAAGACUGUAAAAUGAAUUGUCUUGUCAGAUAUAUUUAUAGUUGUCCAUUCAGAAAUCUGUUACCAGAGAAACCUGUGUUCAGAUGUACUUUGUAUAUACAAUAGUGUACAUUACAGAGGUACAUUCUUUUUCUUCAUAAUUUGUUUGUGGUUUUCUUCUUUUUUUUUGGUACAAUAUUGUACAGUUGCAGCAAUAGUAGUUGCCACUCAAAUAUACAUUCUAUAAUUCCACGUGUAGUUCUUGUAGUAAACAUUUUUAAAUAAAUAAAAAAAAUUGCUUGCUGAA